UUUUUUGACUAGGUUGUAUUCGCACUCAGUCUGCCAAACUUGCAACAUUUUCUUUUUUUGGCGAAAGAAAUCGAAGGGAUAAAAUAAGCUUCCAAGAAACACAAACAAGUCUGAUUUUUUAAAACACACGGAAAUUCGAAAUUUAUAACUUGACAAACACAAAGUUCAUCUUGAGGGACAAAGAGUAUUUUGUAAUUCAGUCUCCGAGCAAAGUCCAAGGGAAAUUGAUUGAAAUAUUUAAAUAGCCAAAAAACACAACAAAAUGUUGAAAGUGAUUGAAAAAUUUGCACCACCUAAUAGAGCCAAAUAUUUAUUGCGCCUCUAUGCCACAGCAGCACCGAAAGCCAGCACUGCACAAAGGGAAGCCAAAAAACCUCAGGAAAAUGCCUCAUUUAUGGCCAACAUAUUUCGUGGCAAUUUGGCCUCGACUCAGGUCUUUCCCUACCCUGACGUACUUUCGGCUGAUGAUAAAGAGCUUACCAGUAGUUUAAUAGAUCCUUUUGAAAAAUUCUUUUUGGAGGUAAACGAUGCUGCGAAAAACGAUGAAGCUUCAAAGAUUGAUGAUAAUACCUUGGCUCAAUUAUGGGAGUUGGGAGCGUUCAGUAUUCAAGUUCCUAAUGAUUUUGGAGGAUUGGGUUUAAAUAAUACCCAAUACGGCCGUCUAUGCCAAAUUGUGGGUGCCAACGAUUUAGGUCUGGGCAUCACCAUUGGAGCCCAUCAAAGUAUUGGUUUCAAGGGUAUCCUCCUAUAUGGUACCCCUGAACAGAAGGCAAAAUAUUUGCCCCAAGUGUCUACGGGCAAGGUGUAUGCAGCUUUUGCUUUAACAGAACCCAGCGCGGGAUCGGAUGCUGGUUCAAUUAAAUGCCGAGCAGUUAAGAGCGCUGAUGGCAAACAUUUCGUUUUAAAUGGUUCAAAAAUUUGGAUUUCUAACGGAGGAAUCGCAGAUAUCAUGACAGUAUUUGCCCAAACGGAAAUGGUAGACCCCGUGUCGGGCGAAAAGAAGGAUAAGGUAACCGCCUUCAUAGUGGAACGUGGUUUUGGAGGUGUCACAAACGGAGCACCAGAGAAGAAAAUGGGCAUCAAAGCAUCUAAUACGGCGGAGGUAUACUUCGAAGAUGUAAAAAUUCCCAUCGAAAAUGUUUUGGGUCAAGAAGGAGAGGGUUUCAAAGUAGCUAUGAAUAUUUUGAAUAACGGCCGUUUCGGCAUGGGUGCUACCCUAAGUGGCACAAUGAAGCAUUGUAUUGCAACAGCUGUAGAUCACUGCAAUAACAGAACUCAAUUCGGUAAGAAAUUGAAAGAGUACAAAGCUAUACAGGAAAAACUUGCCAAAAUGUGUCUUAUACAAUACGCUACUGAGUCGAUGGCUUUCCAAAUAUCCCAAAACAUGGAUGCCGGCAGUCAGGAUUAUCACUUGGAAGCCGCUAUCUCCAAGGUAUUUGCCUCUGAAGCAGCCUGGUAUGUCUGCGAUGAGUCCAUACAAAUUUUGGGUGGCAUGGGUUUCAUGCGUGCCACCGGUUUGGAACGCGUAAUGCGUGAUUUGCGUAUCUUCAGAAUUUUCGAGGGAACCAAUGACAUCUUAAGAUUGUUUGUAGCCCUUACUGGAAUCCAGUACGCUGGAUCCCAUCUUAAAGAGCUCCAGAAAGCGUUCAAGAACCCAGCAGCCAAUUUGGGAUUGAUCUUCAAGGAAGCUUCACGCCGUGCCGCCUCUACCGUGGGUAUGGGUGGAAUUGACCUAUCGCCAUUUGUUGCUCCGCAAUUGACAGCCUCAGCCAAAGAAGCUGGUGAGUGUAUUGAUAUUUUUGGCAAAACUGUAGAAACUCUUUUGGUUAAAUAUGGCAAGAAUAUUAUACACGAACAAAAUGUGCUCAAUCGUUUGGCCGACGCAGCUAUAGACAUUUACUCCAUGGUUGUAACACUAUCCCGCUCGACAAGAGCCGUCAACGAGAAACUAGAGACAGCAGACCACGAAGUCCAAUUAACAAAGGCCUGGUGUUAUUUGGCCAACGAAAGAUGUCGAACGAAUCUGAAGCAUGCAACUUCUUCAAGCCACAUCCAAUCAUAUAAAGAAUUGUCCGAUAUAGCCAAUACGAUUUUAGAAAAUGGUGGAGUAAAAACCACCCAUAUUGUAGGAUAAACUGAAAAAACACUAUUGUAUUCAUUCUCCAUUCACUUGCAUACACUGUUCCAUGAAAUUGUGUCUCAACAACCAGUACAAUUUCAUUUUAUUUUAUUUGUGUCCCUUUGAUUGUUUUUUAACUAACCUAAAGAAAAUCUAGCACAAUUGUUUUUAUACAAAAAAAAAGUUUCUAAACAUAUUACCCCUACCUCUCUAGAAAAAAUAACCUUUAAUGAGUUGUUGUGGCACAAUUUUUUGUCAAUUUUAUUCAAUACUAACACGAUUCAGCUGCAGAAUAUGUAAAGAAAAGCAUACACAUUUCGAAAUAAAUGUUAGUUUUAUGUCUAAAUAAACGUGCCCUUAUAUGUUAACGAA